AUGAGUUCUCCAAGCCUAUGUGGCAUAAGUGACUUUGCUGGCGUGGGCAAAUCAGCGAUUGUGGUGAGAUUUCUGACCAAACGGUUCAUCUGGGAAUACGAUCCAACCCUCGAAUCAACCUACCGACACCAGGCAACCAUUGACGAUGAAGUUGUUUCUAUGGAGAUCCUGGACACCGCUGGCCAGGAAGACACCAUCCAGAGGGAAGGGCACAUGCGCUGGGGGGAAGGCUUCGUGCUGGUCUACGACAUCACCGACCGAGGGAGCUUCGAAGAAGUGCUGCCGCUGAAGAAUAUCUUAGAUGAAAUCAAAAAGCCCAAAAACGUAACUCUCAUCUUGGUCGGAAACAAAGCCGACUUGGACCACUCCAGACAAGUGAGUACCGAGGAAGGGGAGAAGCUGGCUUCGGAAUUGGCCUGUGCGUUUUACGAAUGCUCCGCCUGCACGGGAGAAGGGAACAUCACCGAGGUAUUCUAUGAGCUCUGUCGCGAGGUGCGUCGCAGGAGGAUGGUGCAGGGCAAGACGCGGCGCCGCAGCUCCACCACACACGUCAAGCAAGCGAUUAACAAGAUGCUCACCAAAAUCAGCAGUUAGAGGCCCUGCCACGCUGUGCCGAAAAGUGGGAAGGCCUUCCUGGCUCUUCUUUUGCCCCUCAACCACAGCCAAGAUAUUCCACUUCUUAUUCUGAGUUUGGGGAACGUCAGGGUUUCUCAUGGUUCCCGAUCCAGUAAAUGCUGGGAGAUUCUCGAGUGUCUUCUGCAGCCCCGUGCUGGGACAGUCUCUCUCUUCCCUGCUUGCGUAGGAUCCGUGCUAGUGUAGUUUGAAGGUGUAACCACCAAAGACGUUGAAAUGGCUGGGUUCGCGGAAGCUAAUUUUAGGGUAUCUCUGCCUGCUUAAAUAAGCUGCAAGUCUUUUCAAAGGCGUUUUAAGAUUCCGAAUGUCUGGUGAGAAGGUUAGCAGAGCGAUUCGAAUGGGAAACAGAAUUCUAGUUCCCGUUCGAAGUGAGGAUUUUUUUUUAUAUUGUUAUUGUUAUUAUCUUACUUAAAUUAUGGGGCUUUCCUUUAACACUUUAUUUUAUUUUUAGGUUGAAAUGGUAUCACUGACUUUGGCUUUGUGAUGUAAUUGCCCAUUUCAGUUCAAGUUGGUUCUCUCUCAGAGAUCUACAGCAGUCCUUAGGCACCAUAUUCUAUUAUUUCCUUAAUAACAAAAGAAACAGGACCCACAAUUCGUACCCUGCUGUGGCUUUGCUCCCCCAAGCCUGAGUGAUAAGAAAAAGAAAAAAACAAAACAACAACAACAAAAAACCCACCAGGAACCUUUGUACCAAAGCUCGACUUCAGUGCAUGCUCGUAGGGGAAUUACAAUUAGAGUCACCUGGUUUGUUUACUCUAUUAGCACCAUAGCAGGAAGGUCACCCUCUAAAUAAGACAAUUAUGAUGCUUCGUUAUUCCUCCUUGGAAACCAAGGCAGAAUCCCAUGCAGUCAGAAAAAGUCAGCCUCUGAUUCAGUAAGUUGCCCACAUGCCUCCUCCUUAACCUUUUUAACCUUUGGGUAAGAUUAAUUCACAUGGGGGAAUUCAGAAAAAUAAUGGGUGAGUGAAAUUCACCAUACCUGAACAAGUGUGUAAAAAGCGGAUGCUUGACUGACUGAAGGAUUCUUUAACUGCCCAGAGUUUAUGACUUCUCUUCAUUUCCUGCCCCAUAUACUGAGAUUUGGGCACUUUAUUUCAGGAUAAAAUAUAUAUCUUUUACGAUGUCUGUAUUUAUAUGUACACUUAUAAGUAUGUAUAAAAUUUGUAAGCAUUGAAGGUUUUAAUUCACCAAUGUAUUUGAACAAUCUGGUGUAACUGACUCCGUUUUAUGUGAUUAUAAUAAAAAAAUAUAAUUUUCAAA